GUAACAUGCACCCAACUGUCUAGAAAAAUUAUACCUACGUAUUGGAUAUUAUUGUCGAUAAUAAUUGGUAUAUUUUUUGUUAUGUGUUUUGUACGCCGACAAUCAAUUUCAUCUUUAACCAACCACUAUCGGUGGUAACGUAAAAAAUGUUGCAAAUUCAUCAUGUUCCAGUUAUUAUAUUAAAUUCUUUAUUAGUGACGACGAUAACCACGGUAUCUUUGGCCUAUUACUACGGACAUAUUACAUAUUAUGUACCCUAUAUCAGUGAUUCGGGUACAUAUCCUCCAGAAAGUUGCAUAUUUGCACAAUCUCUAAAUAUUAUUUCUGCUUUAAUGGCGUUUAUCAUUUACGUCCGUUAUUUGCAAGUUAACGAAAUAAUAACUAGGAGCACCGCAAGGCUUGAAUCCUACAAUAAAAUUUGCUUGAUAUUGGGAUUUAUUGCGUGCUUAGGUGUAAGUUUAGUAGGAAAUUUUCAAGAAACGAACACGCUUGUAAUACAUUGGAUAGCAUCAACAAUGGCAUUCGGGGGUGGAUCUCUAUAUCAGCUUGUUCAGAAUAUUAUGGCUUUCAAGGAAAACAAGAUUUUUAGCAGUAAUCUAACAAGAAAUUUGCAAAAAGUAUCUACGGUAGUUUCGAUAGCAUCCUUUAUAAUAUUUUUUUGUACUGGAUUAAUAUCAUUGUCACAAUUUAGAGGGGAGUAUUUAACAAAAUGGAAAGAAGAAGAUGGGGGUUAUGAUAUUCAUAUAAUAAGUACAGUGACAGAGUGGAUUUGUGCCUCUACUAUUUUGGGCUACUUAUCUUUAUUUUCACAAGAAUUUAAAGAAAUUAAUUUUAAGGGUAUAUCUGUUAGUCUAAAGUCCAAAGAUUUGAAUCUAAAUAGGGAAUUUGAAGGGUUAUAGUUCAAAAAUACAAAAUAUAACUGUGCAAAAUCAAGUAAGGUUGUUAAAUAGUUUUAAUACAGUGUUUGAUACU